AUUUUUAUUUGUGUGUCACUAUAUUGAUUAGGGUUUAUUCAAAGUGCAAAACGGAAUUGAAUAUCCUGCUAGUAAUCGAUAUAUUUUCAACUUAGCUAAUAAAAAUACGAGCGCUGUUUGAUGGUCAAGUUCAGAGUUUUGUCUAUUUUUAACAAUAUCAUAACAAAUCACUGGGCUAUUCAUACUAUGUGCAUAAAGGCAAAAUAUAGUUGCUGGCCAUUUAAUAAGGGUUUGCGGUAGGUGAAGAUUCGAAAUAUUAUAUAAGCAGAGAAAAAAAUAUGUAUAAAGUGACCAGUGAAAUAUAUGGUGAAACCGACUAUAGCUCAAUCAAAGGUGACAAUGGCAGGGUAUUAUCCAAAUUCAAAUUCAAAUAUCCAACGGAGGAUGAGAAUGUAGUAAUCCAAAAUGAUACACUUGUUGACAAAGAUGGUGACCUAAUAGUGAAAAGAAAAGGAGCAUCCACAAGAGAUGGUGUGAUUACCAUUGAACACUCGGAAGCCACAGAAUUGCGCUUGGUUGGACUGCAAGUGUGGCGUGGUGCACUGUUAUUAGCUGAUUAUAUCUUUCAUAAACGUAACGAAUUUCGUGACAAAUUUAUUUUGGAGUUAGGUGCAGGCGUUGGAUUGACAAGUAUCGCUGCAGCUCUCUAUGCGCAACAGGUGGUGUGUACGGAUGUGAAUGUUGGUGGCAUAUUAGAUUUAAUACGUGAAAAUGUAAAACACAACUCGAACUUGGUCAAAAAUAACAAUAUUGAUGUAUUGGAGCUAGAUUUUCUAAAGCCUAUACAAGAAUAUUCUGCCGCUCUGUUGAAGGCCAUUGAUGAUUGCGAUAUUGUAGUGGCAGCUGAUGUGAUCUAUGAUGACGAUUUAACCAACGCUUUCAUACGUAUUAUAGAUGUGUUUUUUGAACGUGGGAGAUUAUCGGGAAAAAAUAAAACUGUUUUAAUUGCCCUUGAGAAGCGUUACGUCUUCACACUUACAGAUCUGGAUACAACGGCACCAAUGUUUGAAUAUUUCUUAAAACAAACUAUAAAUAAACCUUGGGUAUUUGAGUACAUCGAAACAAACAGCUUUCCACAAUACUUUGAGUAUGAUCGCUCCAGGCACUUAGUUUUAAUAAAAGUAACUCAAGGCAAAUAAAAUAUAUUUAUAAAAUUAAAUAUUUAUUAACUUAAAAUAGUCAUUAUGAAACAUAAAACCAUACAAUUAAAAUUAAAUAAAAAAUUAUGCAUAAAAACGCUAAAACAAAAUCCUUCAUAAA